AUGAGUAACGACUUAGAAGAAAAGGGCCCCGACAGUCCUCCGAACAAAGCUUCUCAUGGACAAGAUUUAAUUUCAGUCGUGUCACGUCACACAGUUGAUUACGACUUAUAUGUUGCUAAAUCCAACCCCGUUGGUAUCCAAAAUAAAGAGGGGCAUCAGUUAAGACAAGCUUUAGAUUCUCGUCAUGUUAGUAUGAUUGCCAUUGGUGGUGCAUUGGGUACUGGUUUAUUAAUUGGUACUGGUUCUGCUUUAAAAACUUCAGGGGCUGGUGGUAUUUUAGUUGCAUACUCCCUUAUUGGGUUUGUUGUGUUUAUGGUCAUGAGUGGAUUAGGGGAAGUUGCUACUUUUAUUCCUUUGAAUGGUUUUGCCAAUUACUGUCAAAGAUACGUAGAUGAUGCUUUGGGCUUUGCUUGUGGUUAUGUCUAUUUAUUCAAAUACUUAAUUUUACCUGCUAAUCAAUUAGUAGCCGGUUCCUUAACAGUUCAAUAUUGGGUGAGUGCAGAAAAAAUGAACCCUGGAAUUUGGAUUACAAUUUUCCUAGUUGUUAUUUUGGCAAUUAACCUAUUGGGUGUUCGAUUUUUCGGUGAAAUUGAGUUCUGGUUAUCUACAUUGAAAGUGUUAACCUGUCUUGGUGUUAUUUUAAUCCUUUGGAUUAUCGCUUUGGGAGGUGGGCCAACUGGAGAUAGAAUUGGGUUCAGGUAUUGGAAAAACCCUGGGGCAUUUAUUGAGUACAAAGAUUCAUCCAAGGAUCUUGUAAUAGAAGGCUCCAAAGGUCGAUUUGUUGCUUUUGUUUCCGUCCUUGUUACUGCUGUCUUUGCUUACUUAGGUACAGAAUUAGUUGGUAUUACCUUUGCCGAAGCCAGAAACCCUCGUCGUUCCAUUCCAAAGGCCAUUAAAUUGACUUUCUACCGUAUUGUUAUUUUCUACAUCCUUGCUAUCUUCUGGUUGGGAAUGUGUGUUUCCCCGGAUGAUCCACUUCUUCUUACUGCAACAGGUAAUACUGCUUCCGCCUCCCCAUUCGUCAUUGCUAUCAGAAAUGCAAAUAUAGAUGCUUUAGAUCAUAUUCUUAAUGGAUGUAUCCUUUUAUUCGUUCUCCUGGCUGCUAAUUCCGAUAUGUAUGUUUGUUCAAGGACUGUUUAUUCUCUUUCAGUUGCUGGAUAUGCACCAAAGUUCUUCACCAAGACCAACUCACUCGGUGUUCCAUACUACGGUAUUGCCCUUAGUUUUGCUUUCACUUUAUUAGCUUACAUGACUGUCUCGUCUACAGCUGCUGAAGUCUUCACUUACUUGGUCAAUGUCGUUUCCUUAACAGGUUUGAUAGCUUGGUCAUGCGUGCUUACCAUUCAUAUACGUUUUAUGAAAGCAUUGAAGGCUCAGGGUUAUGACAGAAAGACCACCUUGGUUUACAGAUCUCCUUUCCAACCUUGGGGUUCUUACCUUGCAUUGCUGAUCUGUGUUUUGGUUAUUUUCAUCAAGAAUUUUACCGUCUUCUUAGGUAACUCUUUCACUUACAAGAGUUUCAUUACUGGUUACAUUGUACUUCCAAUUUUCUUGAUGAUGUAUUUCGGAUACAAAAUCGUUCACAAGACCAAGAUCAUUAAACCAGAAGAAGUGGAUUUGGAUACGUACAGAGAUGUUAUUGAUGCUGAGUUUGAACAAUUUGAAGCUGAAGCUAAGGAAAGAAAGGCUUCUAGAGAAGCUGAAGGUAUUAAGUAUGACAAAGAAUGGUUUUAUGAAAAGUUCCUUGGAUGGAUUUUCUAG